AUGUCCCCACCACCACCAACCCCCCACCCCCAAACCCCCCCGCCCCAAACCCACCCCAGCACCACCGUCCUCAUCAUCGGCGCCGGCUUCGCCGGCCUCACCGCCGCCAUCGAAUGCGUCCUCCACGGCCACGCCGUCACGCUCCUCGAGUCCUUCGCCACGCUCGCGCCGCUCGGCGACAUCAUCUCCUUCGGGCACAACGCGGGGCGCGUGUUCCGGCGGUGGCCGGGCGGCGUCGAGGGCGCGCUGGACGCGAUAUGCCACCGGUCCGAGGAGCUGGUGUUCAACCGGUUCGACGGCGAGCACCUGAUGACGCAGGUGUGGGAGGAAGAAGGAGGGCUGGAGCGGGGAGGGGGCAAGAAGUUCAACGGGCAUCGGGGAGAGAUUCAUCGGGUGGUGUGGGGGUGUGCGGUGGGGUUGGGGGUGGACAUACGGUUGGGGAGGCGGGUGUGCGAGUAUUUCGAGGAUGCGGAGGAGGCGGGUGUGGUUGUUGAGGAGGAGGACGGGGAGGGCGAGGAUGAGGGCGGGAGGAAGAGGAAGAAGAGGACGCGGUACGUGGCCGACGUGGUGCUGGCGGCGGAUGGCGUGCGGUCGACGGCGCGGGCGGUCGUGCUGGGGCAGGAGGACAAGCCGAAGAGCUCUGGGUAUGCGAUUUGGCGCGCUUGGUUCCCGUCGGAUGAGUUGGCGCGGGAUCCACUGACGAGGCACCUCGUCGUGAACGGGGAUACGCAUACGGGAUGGCUUGGCCCAGAUGUCCACUUCCUCGCCGCCUCAAUCAAAAACGGCACCUCCUUCAGCUGGGUCUGCACGCACAAAGACACCGACGACGUCGUUGAAUCGUGGUCCGCGCCCGGUUCCAUCACCGACGCCCUCGCCCUGCUCGACGGCUGGAGCCCGACCGUCCGCGCCAUCGUGCGCCACACGCCGCCGGACCGCCUCGUCGACUGGAAGCUCGUCUACCGCGACCCGCUGCCGACCUGGGUCUCGCCGAGCCACGGCCGCAUUGCUCUGCUCGGCGACGCCGCGCAUCCGUUCCUGCCGACGUCCAUCCAGGGCGCGAGUCAGGCCGUCGAGGAUGGCGUGACGAUAGCUGUGUGCUUGGAGCUUGCGGCGAAAGAAGGUGGGGGAAAGGGGGAUGUGAGGGAGGCGCUGUUGGCGUAUGAGCGGAUGAGAUAUGAGCGCGUGCGGGCGGCGCAGAAGACGGGCGAGACGACGAGAGAUCGGUGGCAUAAGGCAGAUUUUGAGAAGGUCAAGGAGGAGCCCAAGGCCAUCAAGCUGCCGAGGGAGGAGUGGUUGUUGGGCCAUGAUGCCGAGGCGCAUGCGUAUGCGGUCGGCUUCGUCCUGGGAGCAUUCAAGUCGAAUCUGAAGGAAGCUAGCACCAAGCGUUUCGUGUUCGAGAACAGCUCUAUGCUUCCAUACCUCAAUCGCGACCACGAUGUUGUCAACCGCAUGGUGGAGCCCAUGUGUUGCGGCACCUACAUCGAGGACGAUAAGGAAGAAGCCAUAGACAAGACAGUCUGUCGUCACAUCGAUCUCUCUGUCUUAGCGGACUAUUACAUGGUCGAUGGCCUCACGGAAUGCGGCAUGGAUAGAGUUCGCCUGGUGCUGGACGACUGGAAAGAGGUGAAGUCAGCUUUAUCCACGAUCAUCAGCGCUGCUUACGGCAAGCUCGAGCCCACCGUCUCAAGUAUCCGGGCUAGGAUUAUCGAUAUCGUUGCGGUGCAGUUGGGCGAACUCAAGACCGACAAGGUCUUCUGUGACUUCCUCAAGACCUUGGGAGAAUUCUGCACAGAUGUGAUGUGCAACAGGAAUUCGAAAAGGCCAGACGUCACACGGGGGAUCAGAACAUGGUGCGAGUUCUGCAACAAAAAAAAUCUCUGGUGGAGCUUGUUGAUGACCACACGCCUGCUCAUUGCACCCAUUGUGGCGAGAAAACCUUCAACAAGGCCUUGA